AUGUCAGGCACUCAGGCUAACUUUAAAUACUCCGGCUGGGACUUCCUCUUCACUUGUGUGGGCCUGCCGCUGUACCUGGUUGACAUAGGGCUGGAUAUAUGGACCGCUGUUUCCUUCUACAAGGAAAAGGCCUACGUGUGCCUUGCUGUCCUGCUGGUUUUGCUCCUGGGCUCGUCACUGCUCACUCAGGCUUACAGCUGGCUUUGGUAUAGCUAUGAGAAGUUUAGGAUGAAGACAAAGGUCGAGGGCUGGCCUACCAAGAGGCUGCUCAAACUGCUGCAUGUUUUCCAGCUGGGAAUCUACUUCAGGCACGCAGGAGUCCUGGAAAAGGCUGUAGAGAGCUUCCACACAAAGCUCCGUGACCCUGAGGGUGUAGCUGUGUUUCUGAGCCACGAUCUGAGCAUGCUACGAAUCGUAGAGACGUUUUCAGAGAGCGCCCCGCAGCUCACGCUCAUGCUCACCAUCAUUCUGCAGCAGGGCCAUCUGGAUCCUGUUACAGUUCUAAAAGCCGUCGGCUCGGCCUCGGCUAUCGCCUUCACUGUGACGACCUACCAUCGCUCGCUGCGCUCCUUCCUGCCUGCCAAAGAAAACCAGAAGAUAUCCUCAUCAGUCAUCUACUUGAUCUGGAACUUGGUUCUCAUCUCUUCUCGUCUCACUGCCCUCGCUCUUUUUGCCUCCGUGCUGCCCUGCUUCAUCUUCACCCACUUCAUCUGCUCUUGGCUGGUUUUAUUCUUCUUCGCUUGGCGAUCCAAGACGGACUUCAUGGAUAGUUCUUGUGGAGAAUGGCUUUAUCGAGCCACUGUUGGCCUCAUUUGGUAUUUUAACUGGUUUAGUGUGGCCAAGGGGACGACGCGGUACAGGACUGCGCUCUAUCACGGGUACAUACUGACUGAUAUUUGCAUCCUCUGUGCUGUGUGGUGCUGGAAGAUGAGCACAGAUCCUCCUGAUUUUGUGAUAGAGCCCAUGCACGCUUUAAUCACAGCUGCCUGUGUUAUUGCAGUUUACGUCCUCGGUCUAAUACUUAAAGUUAUUUAUUAUAAAGUCUUCCAUCCAAACCCUGACAAAGAUGAGCUGAAAGGUGCCAGCACAGAGCAGCAACCUGAAGGUGAAGUGGGACUUUAUAUGUUUGCAGCCGCAGCAAACAUGGCAGCUCAUCAUCCGCCCGCGCCAUCAGCACACUGCAAUAAAAGAAUGAGGAAGCUGGCCGAGAACUUCUACUCCUGAUGUGCACUUGACAUCCACAGGACGACUAGAAAGAGACCGAGUCAUGCAGAAUGUUUUAUAGAGAUCACGUGGCUGUGUUUUCUAGGACUCUGAGCUUUUGUCUGAUUUAGCCACAGAUAUGUUUGAAGGCAUUACUCGUCUUAAUGUGGAGAUGAAUUUGAAUAUGCACUUUCUGCUGUGCAUUAAAUCAUCUCACUGUGUAUCAAACCAUUACAACAUAUCAGUCCUUAAAUUAAAGGGGAAAUGAGAGGCUUUAAUUAUCAAAUCUGUAUUAAAUAAUUGUUGUUUACAUGUGAAGAGAUCCUUUUUCAAAGCCUAUUUCACUGGAUUAUCUUUUCUAAAGAAUGUAACAGGUUAAAAUGAUUGUCAGCAGUGACUGAGUCUGCCAUCCCUCCUACCAGACAAGGUUUCUAUGAAUGUCCACGUAAUCAGUCUCACUGUGCUUAGCACUGGAUUAAGUUGCUGCUACCAUAAACUGAGCAUGCGUGCCAACAAAAAACAAAACAAAACAGACAUUUAUAGCAAUUUUUCCUCUUCACACAGUUAGCUGGUAGAUGGCAGGUGUUUGACUGUGGGGUAACCUGCUGUAUAUGUCUUGUUGUCACAUCAACAUGUGGACAUGCAAUGAAAAUAUCCCCAUAUGAGUAAAGGGGCUCUGUAGGUUCAUGAUUGGUGUGUUUGCUCUGGUUUUUCUUACUUCUUACAGGGGAGGCUGACACAGCGGAGCUCAAUCAGUUCAUCACGCCUCCACUGCUGUGUGUGUGUGUGUGUGUGUGUACACUGAAAAGCUCUGUCCGAGGGUUGGAACAGACAAAAACUGAAUAUAAAGUGUAGUAAAGUGUGAA